AUGCUGAGCUUUAUAAGCGCACAUAUCAGGCUUCGCGACACAGAACGGGCAUCGGGCUCCAGCCACUUGGAUAUGAAACACGGGCUUGUGCGAAUGUUAAUCUGCGUUCUGCUUGCAGUCACUAUAAAUGAAAUUGAGCCUGGAUUUCCGACUGACUGUGGACUUCCCGCCAUCCAAAGAGAAGUCAAGGAGGAAGCCGAACAGAUGAAAGCUCGUGCAACGCCCCAUAGUUGGCCUUGGCAUGUUGGAUUAUGGUCUACGAAAUAUGGGCAGGUCCCCUACUGUGGAGGGACACUUAUCAACCGUUCUCUCGUCUUAACUGCGGCGCACUGUCUAAUUGAUUUAUUCGGAUGUAAUCCGCACCCUGCCGAAGGUUUCAUUGAGCUGACAGCUGUAACGACUGAAAAGCUCUUUGUGCUUGUCGGUACUCACGAUUUCGUCAGAGAAGAUGUCUCUCAGAAGUUGCGUCUCGUGCGUUAUGCACGUUUCCAUCCGCUCUACGACGCCAAUGCCAUUGCAAGUCCUUUCGACGUUGUGCUAUUAAAG